AUGGCAUUUUAUGAUCUAUCAAGGGAUACUCUCAUUUGUAAGUUUAUUCAAAAGUCUCAAAAGUUAAAGAAGCGGCUUCAGUUAAAGUAUCCACAAUUGGUCUUUCAUUUACCUGCUAAACGCUUCAAAAGUGAGCUAGUAUUCGUGGAAGAUGUUCAACAUGUUGAAAAGAUACAGUCUUCAAGUGAAACCAACGAUUCAACUGGUACUGACACGGAAACCACAGACUCAAGUGAAACGCCCAUUCAUAAACAGUUUGAUGACAAUACGCUACAUUCACUGUACACUGCAGCCUUAAAGUUAAAAGCGGAAUUGCAUUUAUGUAAAGGGUAUGAAGGUAGUUGA